CUGUUUUAUAAAUCUUCAGACUUGCUGCUUGUCCAUCAUCUGGUUGCUUCACCCCAGCCAGCUCACUCUUGGAUCCUUAGACUGAAUUUACGGGACAGAACCGUGAAAAAUCCAUGACAAUGAAACCCUCAGAAAUCUUUCAAGUUCUAAUGAGAGAGGUAGAUUGCUGGAACCUCCCCAGUGACAAAGUUCCUAGUGAGCUACUUCUCAUUGGUGAAGAUGCCUUCCCAGUGCUGGUAAAUAAGAAAGGCCAGGUUCUCAUUGCUGCCUCUCAGUAUGGCAAGGGCCGCUUGGUGGUCAUGGGCCAUGAGGGAUAUCUGCAGCAUGCUGGGUUGAGCCAAUUUCUCCACAAUGCUGUAGAUUGGCUCAAUUGCUGCCCAGGUGCUCCCAUUGGGGUACAUUCAUCUGUAAAAGGUCUGGCUGAUAUCCUCUGUAACCCUUGUGUGGAAGUGAAGAUUACAGAUAAUGUCACAGAAUGUGUAGGGGUAUAUUGCAUCGAUGCCUAUGACCACAAAAUGGCCAAAGAACUAAUUCGGUUUGUGAAGAAUGGUGGAGGCUUGCUCAUUGGAGGUCAAGCUUGGCAUUGGUCAAGUCAACAUUGCGGUUGCAAGGUUAUUUCUGACUUCCCUGGUAACCACACUGCGUGUGUUUCUGGUGUGUACUUCACCAAUGAAUAUGGAGAUAUCAGCUGCCUUUCAGAAGUCUCUAAGGAAAUACCUACAAUUCCACUUCUAGUACGUUUUGGGGAAGACCUUUCUGAAGAGCAGAAAAAACUCUUAGAUGGAAUUUCAGAAGAGAACUUCUGUGUGAAUGUAGACACCUGUCAUAUCCUGGUGCAUGGAGCCUUGGCCUUCCCUCUGGCGCAAGUUAAAUCUCUUGACUGCUUCGUGGCAGCUGCCCGAUUUGGCCUGGGUCGGGUGGUGGUUGUUGCCGAUGAAAAUAUGGUUCUCAACCCUCAGAUGGCCCCUUUCCUGUGUAAUGCUGUUCGUUGGUUGGCAGGGGAGCACAAGUGUAAGGUUGGGAUUAACCCUGAUGUGAAAGAUCUGUUCCCCUUGCUGGAUGAAACUGGCCUGGAACGUUGUAUAAUACCCCAUGUCACUCAUUGCCUCAGUGUCUACUGCUGCCUGGCUGACAAGGACCAUGAGGCAAAAAAGCUGCGUGAGUUUGUGGCAGAGGGUGGGGGAUUACUGAUUGCGGGUAACGCUUUCAAGUGGGACUCUGAGAACUCAUGUAAAAUUCCUUUGGUUGAUUAUCCUGGGAAUAAGUUCCUUAACCACUUUGGCCUUGGUAUAUUAGGUGAGACUCUGACAGAACACUGCCUUUGCGCUAGUCCUGAGGACAGGAAGUACCACUUACGAGUGGCACUGGCCCAGUACCUGAGCCCUCAGGGAGGGUGCUUGUCAGAUACCUGGGGAGCAAAGCUGAAAAGGGAUUGUAAUGAAUUCCAGAAGAUGCCUCCAAAGGGAAUCCCUGCAUAUGUCUCCCUGCAAGAAUUCUGCAGCAAGUUUGCAGACAAAUGAAUCUCCAAGAAUAAAAGAUAAACCAAUGCUCCCCUAGCCUUAUGUUAGGGGGCUACUAAAUCCCCAUAAUAUGUGUGAAUGUAACUGCAAGGCAUAUGUCCCCAGCCAUGCUUAGCAAAAUAAUUCCUUAUUAAAAUUGUAAAAGAAACAUGUAAGUUAGCAUAGUCAUAGCUGCCCCCAGUGGUUACACCCUCUAAGACAUAAGGUUAUAGAGAUAAGAUUGACUGGGCCCCAAGGUUUUGGUUAAGCCCGUAUUCUAGAAGGCAUAAGUGUUCAUAGAUAAGCUAGGUGGCCUCAAGGUACUGCCUGAGCCUACCUUGUGUGUACCCCAGAUAAAACCCUCUCCCCUCCCCUUACCCUUCCAAAAAUUGUAUAAAAAUCCCAUGGUUUCAUUGACCUGUCAGCCAGCCUAGAUUACAGCAGACCAGCCAGCUUGGUCACUGAGGCUGACUCACUAACAGCACAGGAAGACCCAUCCAAUGCUGGCCAAGAGGAGCCACAAUGGAGCCUUGCUGGUAGCUGAGGUGCCCAAACUCUUUACGUGUAGUCUGUGGCUUUCUAUCCUCAGGAACCUAUCUUCAAGCAAGGCAAGAAGAGGUAACCUGGCGUUAGAGAUUUUUUUACCCACUGUUACAAUAAACAUUGUGUGUUGA